AUGCCAUCCUGUAAACAUUUCCCCGACUCCCUCCUCGGAUGGCUCCACCUCCUCAUCCUAACCUACGCCAUCAUCAUAAUCCUAUCUCACUGGCACCAGAGAAAUCCCCAAGCCCCCUCUCGACCAGCUCCCCUCCCCAAUCUCCCAGAACCAACCACCUCAAAGCAAGACAAAGCAACCGCCGCCGCAGAAAUUCCCAUCCCCCGCCUCCCCUACAACGAAACAACCCUCGUCACCCUCAUCAACGAGAUCUACCGCACCUACCAGAAACUCAACUACAUCGGUCCGGACGAACUAAUCUGGCCCCCAGCUGAAACCGGUCACGCGAUCAACGAACGCCUCUGCGCGGAGCUGCACCUCGACCCAGCCGUGAUCUCGCUGAUGAAGCGCCUGCCCUACCUCCGGACCUCGCGGCUCGCCGAAGAGGUCCCGAUCACCCCGCUCUCGCAGGCGUUCGUCUACCUCGAGGACGCGGAGAUUCGCGGCGGCCGGGAUCCCAAGCGGUACGGGCAUGUCGACGACCUAAGGGUGGCGGUCUUGCUCCCGCGGGAGAUCGCCUUGAGUGGUUUCGCGGAUGAGGGAGAGUGUUUGGUUCUCGAUGUGGGGGAGAAUACUAUCCGCGUAUGGGAGUGGGAUGGGCUCCCGCCCGGCGAUGACGAGAACAACUUCCGCGCGUAUCGCGCCCACCACGCCCCGACUUUCCUCUCGAAUCAUUUGGAGAAGCUCCGGACGCUGGAAAUGAUUCCUUGUGGACAUAGCGGGGCUCGGGGCUACUGGGUUCUGGAUUCUGGCGAGGUGCACCCACGGAUCAAGAGAACGCUGCAGGAGCAGUACGGCUGGCCGUAUGAUUUCCGGGAGGCGGAGUGGAAGGCGGCGUCGGAGGAGACCUGGGAGCGACUGUUGCGGUUUGAUCCAGCUUUUUAG